AUGUCCGAGGGCGUGUCGCUGCUGGCGGUCAGGAGCCAGAAGAGCAAGCGCUCGCAGCAGCGCGUCGAGUGCACCUCGCUCGAGAACCACGAGACCCACUUCACGGUGGACGUCGCUCUGGGCACGCCUGCGCAGAUCUUCGCCCUGGUGGCUGACACUGGCAGCAACUCGCUGAUUGUCGCGUCGUGUGCGUGCAUGGAAGCGGGCUCUUGUGAUAAGGAGAGUCACUGUUUCACGGGCACGGACAAGUCGACGACAUUCCAUGCCGAUCCGGAGGAGCCGGAACUGGUCCUCACCUUCGGAAGUGGGCAGAUCCAGGCUGAGGAGGCCGUGGAUGUGUGUCAAGUUGCCGGGGUCACAGCGAACAUGACGGAUGGGAUCCUGCUGAUGACGGACCAGGCGCUCGAUUUCGGUGGCCCUUUCGAGGGCAUCCUGGGCCUGGGCCCACCGCUGCCCAAGGAGGAGGAGAUGGAGGAGGAGAUGGCCGCGGAGGACGACAUGGCGGGGCUGAGCGACGCGGAGAUGGACGACAUCCUGGACAAGGCCUUCGGGGACGGCUCCUCCGGCGGCGUGGCGGACACGGCCGCGGACUCCCAGCGCAUGGCCGAAAGGCGCAUGGCCGCAAGGCGCAUCGCGCGCAAGGCCCGGUCUGCGCGGUCCUCCCGCGCCCGCGGCAGAGGCCGCUCCCGCCGCCGCGGCGGUCGGUCGGCCCACCAACCGCUCGGCUUCCUGGAGCAGGCGCACGUCCAGCGCUUCUCCAUGUGCUUCAACGACGGCGCCGCCGGCGUGCUGCGGCUGGACACGCCCGCGGCGCCGCAGGCGCACGCCUCGGUGGGCACCGAGCACUGGGGCCUCGGGCUCGAGGGCAUCAGCGUGGGCGACGACCCCUCCAUGGUGCGGGCCCUCCCCGCCUCGGACUCCGCGCAGGAUCCCGAGUUGGGCUUCCCCUUGGGUGACGGCGCUGGCGCUCGCCUCGUCUCGGCGCCCAGCGGCGGCACCAGCGCGCUGUGCUCCAAGGACAACAUGAAGGAGGGUCAGACCACGCCCUGCGGCGCCAUCCCCGACUCCGGCACCACAAUGAUCGUGGGCCCGAAGGGGCACACCAACGCCCUGCUGGAGGCAAUCUGCGACGGCUGGCCCCGAUGCCGCCAGAACUACACCGCCCUGGUGAGCGCGGUGGAGGAGGCCAAGAAGGUCAUCACCAAGGAGUACAACACCAAUCCAUUCGAAUUCUCAGUCUCUAGCAAGGCGGAUGUGCUGGAUAUGGUGCUGACAGACUGUGCGGUCUGGCUGAAGGAUGGGGACCUCGACGAAUUGCCGGCGAUCCACUUCUACCUGACAGGUAAGGGCUCACAGCAGAAGGUCACUAUCCCGGCUCGCACUUGGGUAAUCGAUUCGAUGGUGGAGGAGAAGGAGAACACCUACAUGCACAUCGACGGCCUUGGCGACGUCCCCGUUGGCACCAACGGCACCGGAAAGAUGGUCAGGACGUGCAUGCACUCGUUCGACGAAAUGGAUUACCAGACGAUUGAGAACGGACCAGUCUGGAUCCUCGGCACCCCUCUGUUCUACGAGUACACGGUCGGGUACGACAUGAAGGAGAAGACGGUCUCCCUCACCUCGCAGAAGGAGGAACCCUGCGGCGCGUGCGACGGUAAGACCGGGCUCAUCGCCUCCAGGGCGGAGGCGACGGGCAAGAAGCGCGCCCCUCGGCGGCAGCUGGGGACCCCCCGCCGCCCCAGCUUCGACGUCAGCAGGCCACUGUGA